UUUCAUUCACGCCUUUCGGGGCUGAAAAUUGGCGGGAAAUAAGCCAUGUCCUUCAUAGGCAACCCGGCCUCGCCUACAUUUUCCAAGGCGUUGGAGCUCAAGAGAUGCAUUCUUCAAGGCUUCGACUCUUUCAAACACCUCAAACAUGUCCAUGCCCGUAUUCUCCGUCUUCACCUAAAUGAAGAUAAUUAUCUUAUCAACAUGAUCUUGCGCCGUUGCUUAGACUUCGGAAACACAGAGUAUACCAAACUUAUUUUCGAACAAACCAAGCACCCAAACAUCUAUCUGUGGAAUACAAUGAUUCGGGGGUUGGUUUCCAAUGAUUAUUUCCUUGAUGCUAUUGAAAUCCAUGGAUCAAUGAGGAAAUCGGGGAUUUUACCCAAUUACUUUACUUUCCCUUUUGUUUUGAAGGCGUGUGCUAGGCUUUCGAAUUUCCAGUUGGGUGUUAAACUUCAUUCCCUUGUGGUGAAAGCAGGUUUUGAUAAUGACGUUUUUGUUAAGACUAGUCUCGUUUGCUUGUAUGCGAAAUGUGGGGGCCUUGUGGAUGCCCAAAAGGUGUUUGAUGAUAUCCCUAAUAAAAAUGUUGUUUCUUGGACCGCUAUCAUUUGUGGUUAUAUAGGGUCUGGACAUUUUGAAGAAGCUAUUGAUUUGUUUCGGGGGUUGCUGGAGAUGGGUCUGAGGCCUGACAGUUUUACUCUUGUUCGAGUUUUGCAUGCUUGCAGUCGACUGGGCGAUUUAGACAGUGGUAAGUGGAUAGAUACAUAUAUAACUGAGUGUGGCAUGCAUAGGAACGUCUUCGUGGCCACUUCUUUGGUUGAUAUGUACGCAAAAUGUGGGAGCAUGGAAAAAGCACGCUGUAUCUUUGAUGAAAUUCAUGAGAAGGAUAUUGUUUGUUGGAGUGCUAUGAUUCAGGGUUAUGCUUCAAAUGGACUUCCUAAAGAAGCACUUGACAUGUUCUUCCAAAUGCAGAGAGAAAAUCUGAAACCUGAUUGCUAUGCAAUGGUAGGAGUCCUCUCUGCUUGUGCAAAAUUAGGGGCACUAGACUUUGGAAAUUGGGCCAGGGAUUUGUUAGAUGCUAAUGAGUUUCUUUCUAAUCUUGUCUUAGGCACAGCCUUGAUUGACAUGUAUGCAAAAUGUGGAAGCAUGGUGCAAGCAUGGAAGAUUUUUAAACUGAUGAAGGUAAAAGAUUAUGUGGUCUAUAAUGCUGUUAUUUUAGGACUAGCAAUGAAUGGGAGUGUUAAAGCUGCAUUUGGACUAUUUGGUGAAAUGGAAAAAACCGGAAUCCAACCUGAUGAAAACACUUUCCUAGGCCUACUUUGUGGGUGUACUCAUGCUGGUCUGGUCCACGAUGGUCGUCAAUAUUUUAAGAGCAUGAGUGAUGUUUAUUCUUUAACUCCUUCCAUCGAGCACUAUGGUUGCAUGGUGGAUCUCCUUGCCCGAGCUGGUUUAUUAGACGAAGCUCACAAAUUGAUAAAUAGCAUGCCAAUGAAACCUAAUGCUAUUGUUUGGGGGGCAUUGUUGGGGGGAUGCAGGUUACAUAGGGAUACCCAAUUGGCUGAGCAUGUGCUGAAGCAGCUUAUUGACUUAGAACCUUGGAAUUCAGGACACUAUGUUCUCUUAUCAAAUAUAUAUUCGGCAAAUCGCAGGUGGGAUGAAGCAGAAAAAAUUAGAUCAACUAUGAAUGAGAAAGGGAUGCGAAAAGUACGUGGGUGUAGUUGGGUUGAAGUUAAUGGGGUCGUUCAUGAGUUCCUGGCAGGAGAUACUUCCCAUCCUUUGACAAGGGUGAUAUAUGAGAAGCUUCAAAGUUUAUCAAAAGACCUAAGAGAAGCUGGUUAUAAUCCAACCACAGAGUUUGUUCUCUUUGACAUAGAGGAAGAGGAGAAAGAACACUUACUUGGCUGGCACAGUGAGAAGUUAGCUAUUGCAUUUGCUCUAAUCAGUACCCAGGACAAGGAUGUGAUUCGAGUUGUUAAAAAUCUCCGUAUAUGUGGCGAUUGUCAUGAGGCCAUUAAACUUACGUCAAAAAUUACCGGGAGACAGAUAAUCAUUCGGGAUAAUAACAGAUUUCAUUGUUUUGCUGAUGGAUCGUGUUCAUGUGGGGAUUAUUGGUAAAGUUUGGAUGUGGUCUGAAGUCCGAACUCACUGUCUACCUCGCUGUAGUCACAGACUACCUCUAGAUUGUGUUGAUAACUUGGAAUGGAAUACUAUGUUCCAUGAAGUUCCACACGUGCUUAUUUUGGCUAUAUAUAAUGUUGAUAGUUUAUAUUCCUCCAUGAGUAUUGUUAUGGGCUUAUGGACUCAUGGGAGAAGAUGGCUUGCAUCCUCGUUAAGAUUCCCAAGAAGUUGAGGUGCUGUAAAUCCUUUUCAAAUUUUAGAGGAAGGGAAAAAUGUAUUGUAUCAUAUCCUGCAGUCUACUAAGAAUUUUGAUGUGGCUUGACAUGGUAUUGCUUAUAUGAAAGAGAAAUAGUUUCUUGUUGGAUGCGCCUUCAUUCUUGACAUUAUUGUAACAUUUUGUUUCAAAGAUGAACUUAAAGGUUGCUGUCCUCCGGGCCCCUUUCUAUCUCUAUGCAUUAUGGACUCUCUUCUUUUACUCAUCUUUUGAAUCCUGCGUAGGA